AAUCUUGAAGGGCUGGACAAAUAAAUGUGAGGAACCGCUGUUUUAAACCAUCUCCGACGGAAGUAUGCAAUGGGAGAUGACGAAAGACACGACGAUGGCUCCGGAGAGGUCGCCGCUUGAGCUACUCCGAGAAAGCAGAUCCUCCAUCGAAGAAAUCAUCUCGAGGAUGCUGUCCAUCAAGAAACAGGGAGACCCCAAAUCUGAGAACCGCGAACUCGUCACUCAGAUGUUUCUCAACUUCAUCAACCUCCGCCAGGCGAAUCGUGCGAUUCUGAUGGAAGAAGAGAGAGUGAGAAGAGAGUCUCCAAUGGAUUUCACAGCAUUGGAGCUCCACAAUCUCACGUACGAGAAGAGCCAUUACUUGAAAGCCACCAGAUCUUCCAGAGAGUUCAAAUCCAAGUAUCCCGACAUCGAUCUCAUAUCCGAACAAGACUUGUUCAGAGACGCUCCCGAAGCAAUCAAACCUCAGAACGACACUUGCCAUGAUCAUGAUUUGAUGCUUAAAAGGCUCAACUUUGAGCUCCAUCAGAGGAAAGAGGUAUGCAAGCUUCGAGCUGAGUUGGAACAACGUAGGAAGUGUUUGCUGGAAGCUAACUCCGAGCGUAGCAAGUUUCUGUCUAGUCUCCCGUUGCAUCUCAAGUCUCUUAAGAAAGCAUCUUUGCCAGUACAGAGCCAGUUGAGUUUGCCGAGUCCGAAGAAGCUCAAGUAUCAUGAUCUAGCUGAGCUUCUUCCUCCGCCGCUUUACGUCAUGUAUUCAAAGUUCAUGGCACACAAGGAAGCUUUUGAAGAUAACAUAGACAUCGAGGUAUCCGGGUGUCUUAAGGAUGCUCAGAGUUAUGCUCGCCAGCAAGCGGAACAGAACCAAGAGAGCUCUGGUGAUGAUGGGAAAAGGCAAAGGAAGCGACCCAAGAAAGAGACUUCUGAUGAGGCAGGACUCUAUCGAGUCCAUCCUCUUAAACUUGUCCUUCACAUUUAUGAUGAUGAGACUCCAGAUCCGAAGUCGCAUAAGCUUGUUAUGCUCACGUUUGAGUACUUGUUGAAGUUGAAUCUUGUAUGUGUCGGCAUUGAAGAGUCUCAGGAAGAUAUCCUCUGCGACUUGUUUCCAGACGAUGCUGGACUUGAGCCUCCUCACCAGUCAACCAAGCUCAUUCUUGGUGAUGAUCAUGCAUUUGAUGAGAGCCGAACAUCGAGGCCAUAUAAGUGGGCACAGCAUUUGGCGGGGAUCGAGGUUUUACCUGAAAUGUCACCGUUUGUAACUGGCAAGGAUACUCAAAACAGUGAUACAGCUUCUGUAUCUGAUCACUACAGUGUGCAGACUGUUCUGAGAAGACUACGGUCUCAGAAAAAAAGGCUAAGCUAACUCUUAUGUGAUUCUUGUAUGUUUUAUUAAUGUUUUUUAUUAUCUGUAUUUGAAGACUUUCAUGGUAUUUGUAGCUCUCCACACAUUGUUAGAUUGUAAUGCCACAACAAGAACAAUCAAACAGUAUGAAUGUAGCAUAUUAGCAGA